AUGGCGGUUGAUGGAAUGAAUUGGGCUUCAAACCAAUCAAUCAGAGAAUUCGAAAACAUUGCACAAAAAGCCCUAGAUACAUCUGUGAAGGAUUACGGUCAAGACGGAGGCGAAGCUACUCAUCCUUCAUAUGGUGGUGGAUAUGGCGGGGACCCUGGCUAUGGUGGUGGUGGAGGUUACAGUGGCCGUGGUGGCGGCCGAGGGGGAGGGGGAGGAUACGGUCGCAGUUCUCAAAACCGCGGUGCCGGUGGAGACUAUCAAGGAGGAGACCGUGGUGGAAGGGGUGGCGGUGGAAGAGGUGGUGGCCGUGGUGGAGGACGCAGAGAUGGUGAUUGGAUUUGCCCGAACCCCAGCUGUGGAAACUUGAACUUUGCAAGAAGGGUUGAGUGUAACAAAUGCGGUGCAUCCUCUCCUGUUGGUUCUGGUGAUCGUGGUGGCAGUGGGUAUAACAGAGGAAGUGGCAGUGGAGGAUAUGGUGGUAAUCGUGGAGGUAGAGGAGAUGAGACGAGAGGUGGAUAUGAUAGUGGGAGGAGUAAUAACUACGGAGGCAGAGGUGGAAAUUAUGAUAAUAGAAGUGGUGGUGCUAGAAUUGGUUCUUAUGGAGGUAGUCAAGGGAGUGAAGAUGGUGGGUAUGGCCUUGUUCCUACUCCGGCGUCCAGUUCUUAUAGUGGUAGUGCUGGUGGAAGUUAUCCACCUCCUCCUAAUGCAUAUGAUGGGAAUACAAAUUAUGGAAUGGAACCGGUUCCUCCACCUACAAGCUAUACUGGUGGAACCACAUCUUAUCCUCCAUCUUAUGGAGGUCCUGCAGGUGGUUAUGCUGGUGAGGAUUUGAGUGAUACAAGAACUGGUGGUUGGGGUGGAUAUCCUGGUGGUCCUCAACGUCAGGGAGGUGGUUAUGGUGGUCCUACCGAUGCACCAGUUAAGAUCAAGCAAUGUGAUGACUACUGUGGGGAUUCUUGUGACAACACAAGAAUCUACAUAUCAAAUUUGCCACCUGAUGUUACUAUUGAUGAAUUGAGAGACAUUUUUGGCGGCAUUGGACAAGUUGGAAGAAUUAAGCAGAAGCGUGGCUAUAAAGAUCAGUGGCCAUGGAAUAUUAAAAUAUACACAGAUGAGAAAGGAAACCCAAAAGGUGAUGCAGUUUUGACAUAUGAAGAUCCUAAAGCUGCACACUCUGCUGGUGGUUUCUUUAACAAUCAUGUCUUGAGAGGCUAUACAAUCAAUGUGGCAAUGGCUGAGAAGACUGCGCCUAAAGUACAUGAUCAUGGAGGUGGUAGAGGUGGCUAUGGUGGUGGCAGGGACAGGCCCAGGGAUAAUUACAGAGAUGGAGGUUCUGGGCCAGAUAGACAUCACUAUGGUGGAAACCGUUCGCGUCCAUACUGAGAGGCUUUAAGCUUCGAUAUUUUAUGUACCAAGAAUUAUGAUCUAAGAGUUGUAGUUGUGUCCCAUUCACAGGGUUGUUCUUGAGCAGGAGACUGAGAGGUAGGUUGUCCACUUGUUUGGGCAAUACUCCCCCUUUUCUCCUUCCUCCUUUGUCUACUUUUCGCUGGGGGAUUUUUAUAUUACGCGCUGGAUUGAUUGGAUUUGUGUGAAUCUUUUUAUAGAAGCAAGUGGAAUAACUUCAAAU